CCCCGCGCCUCCUCUCCCCGUCGACCUCCACCCAUUGAAUAAUUACUAAUAAAUUUUGAUUUUUUGUCUAGAUAUAUUCCCCAAUUCCCCUCCUCCUCCCAACAGCAACAAUCUGGUCGAUCUCUCCCGACAAAGGCCCUGCGGAAUCCAGUCCCGAUAAACAAACAAACACUCUCAUCGAUCGUUCCCGCGUCGUCUGUCAACCAAAGCCAUGGCCUUUAACUUGGCUCAGAGCACCGUGGCAGCGGCGUCCGUCGCGCCCUUCACCGCCCGCCGUGCGUCCGUGGUCGCGGCCCCGGUGUCCGUCUCCGCGAGGAAGUCGGCGGCCAGCCUGAGGCUGCAGAGGCAGGCGUGCUGCGAGCCGUCGGUGGCGCCGGCGCGGCCGGCGAUGCCGGUGGCGUGCCGGGCGGUGAAAGAGAGCGUGGCCGCGUCGGGGAGGAGGAACGGGGUGCCGGUGUUCGUGAUGAUGCCGCUGGACACAGUCAAGAUGUGCGGGAGCGCGCUGAACCGGCGGAAGGCGGUGCAGGCGAGCCUAGCCGCGCUCAAGAGCGCGGGCGUGGAGGGCAUCAUGGUGGACGUGUGGUGGGGCAUCGCCGAGAGCGAGGGCCCCGGGAAGUACAACUUCGCGGGGUACAUGGAGCUCAUGGAGAUGGUGCGCAAGACCGGGCUCAAGGUCCAGGCCGUCAUGUCCUUCCACCAGUGCGGCGGCAACGUCGGCGACUGCGUCACCAUCCCGCUGCCGCGGUGGGUGGCGGAGGAGAUGGAGAAGAACCAGGACCUCUGCUACACCGACCAGUGGGGCCGCCGCAACUUCGAGUACGUCUCGCUCGGCUGCGACGCCAUGCCCGUCCUCAAAGGCCGCACGCCCGUUGAGUGCUACACCGACUUCAUGCACGCCUUCCGCGACCACUUCGCCGACUUCCUCGGCAACACCAUAAUCGAAAUCCAAGUCGGCAUGGGCCCGGCCGGCGAGCUGCGCUACCCGUCCUACCCGGAGAGCAACGGCACCUGGAAGUUCCCCGGCAUCGGGGCCUUCCAAUGCAACGACAGGUACAUGCUUAGCAGCCUGAAGGCGGCAGCGGAGGCGGCGGGCAAGCCGGAGUGGGGCUGCGGUGGGCCGACCGACGCUGGCGGCUACAACAACUGGCCGGAGGACACGGUCUUCUUCCGCCGCGAGAACGGCGGCUGGAGCACCGAGUACGGCGACUUCUUUCUGUCGUGGUACUCGCAGAUGCUCCUGGAGCACGGCGACCGCAUCCUGUCCGGCGCGACGUCCGUGUUCGCCGCCGCGCCCGUCGAGAUCUCCGUGAAGGUGGCUGGCAUCCACUGGCACUACGGCACCCGGUCGCACGCGCCCGAGCUCACCGCGGGGUACUACAACACCCGCAACCGCGACGGGUACCUCCCGAUCGCGCGCGCGCUGGCCCGCCACGGCGCCGUGCUCAACUUCACCUGCGUGGAGAUGCGUGACCACGAGCAGCCGCAGGACGCGCAGUGCAAGCCCGAGGCGCUCGUGCGCCAGGUGGCCUCCGCGUCCCGCGCCGCCGGCGUCGGCCUGGCGGGGGAGAACGCGCUGCCGCGGUACGACGGCACGGCGCACGACCAGGUGGUCGCCACGGCCGCCGACCGCACCGCCGAGGACCGGAUGGUGGCGUUCACGUACCUGCGCAUGGGGCCCGACCUCUUCCACCCGGACAACUGGCACCGGUUCGCGGCGUUCGUGCGCCGCAUGUCCGGCGCCGGCUCGUGCCGGGAGGCCGCCGAGCGGGAGGCCCACGACGUCGCGCAGGCGACCGGGUCGCUGGUGCACGAGGCGGCCGUCGCGCUACGGAGCUGAUCCUUCGACCAAGGCCGCCGCCGCCGCAACCGAUAUGUGUAGGGUUGGGAGCUCGGGUUUUUCGUUUGCCUUCUGGGAGGGAGCGCUCGGAGGUCGAGCUCUCGUGCAGGUUACGCGUAGACAAAGUUGUUGUAAUGAAGCCGGGAGGGAAAGGGAGGGGAGGACACAAGUUGUUGUCGCGUUUCAGGCUCCGGUCGCCGGAAUCUGUUCGGGAAUAUAUCCAUUUCCUGCAAAAAUCGCAGAAAUGCUGUGUUCUUGCACUCGCUGAUUCGUUUCUGCCUCCGGUCUCUUCUCUUCUCUCCUGCUCUACUCUGCUCUGUGUUCGAUCGGCUGAAAGACUGCUAGCUAGGUCGACGGUCUAUGUUUAGGUUGGCCGUAAUAUUUUUACGGAUGCCUGUCAAUCAAUAUUUCUAAUAGAAGUAAAAGUUCAUUAA